UAUGUCCACAGAGAGAGUUUAUGGGUUCGUGUUGUUCUUUUGCAUUGGUUUCUGCAGAAUACAAAUCAAAGACAGGAAGAGAGAAGUGAACAAGAAAAAUGGUGAAAGAUAGUUGCUGCAUGAACAAGGGUCCAGGUUAUGCCACCCCACUUGAGGCUAUGUCUGGUCCAAGGGAGUCUCUUAUUUAUGUCACCUGUGUCUACUCUGGAACAGGAAUAGAUAAGCCUGAUUAUCUAGCCACAGUGGAUAUAAAUCCAAACUCACCUACUUAUUCACAAGUCAUCCAUAGGUUGCCUGUGCCAUAUGUAGGAGAUGAACUGCAUCAUUCAGGCUGGAAUGCUUGCAGUUCCUGCCAUGGUGAUCCAUCUGCAAACCGGCGUUUUCUAAUCCUUCCUUCACUGAUAUCUGGUCGUAUCUAUGUGAUUGAUACCCAAAAAGAUCCCAAGGCUCCAUCCUUGCACAAAGUUGUUGAGCCUGCAGAUAUUAUACAGAAGACUGGAUUGGCCUAUCCACACACAUCCCAUUGUCUUGGCUCUGGAGAUAUAAUGAUCUCCUGCCUUGGAGAUAAAGAUGGAAAGGCAGAGGGAAAUGGAUUUCUUCUUCUUGACUCCAAUUUCAAUGUGAAAGGAAGGUGGGAGAAACCUGGGCAUAGUCCACUGUUUGGUUAUGAUUUCUGGUACCAACCCCGACACAACACAAUGAUUAGCUCAUCAUGGGGAGCUCCUGCAGCCUUCUCUAAAGGAUUUGAUCUUCAGCAUGUGUCAGAUGGUCUAUAUGGGAGGCAUCUGCAUGUAUAUAGCUGGCCAAAUGGUGAAUUGAAACAGACAUUAGAUCUUGGCAAUACAGGGCUCCUGCCCUUGGAGAUAAGGUUCCUGCAUGAUCCUUCUAAAGACACGGGGUUUGUUGGGUGUGCUUUGACAAGUAACAUGGUUCGAUUUUUCAAGACCCCAGAUGGAUCAUGGAGCCAUGAGGUGGCAAUAUCAGUGAAACCAUUGAAGGUCAAAAACUGGAUCCUACCAGAAAUGCCUGGGCUUAUAACUGACUUUCUAAUCUCUCUUGAUGAUCGAUUUCUGUACUUCGUCAAUUGGCUUCAUGGUGAUAUUAGACAGUACAACAUCGAGGACCUCAAAAAUCCUGUCUUGACAGGUCAAGUUUGGGUUGGGGGCUUGCUCCAGAAAGGAAGCCCUAUAAUGGUCGAGACAGAAGAUAGAAGUACUUGGCAGGCUGAUGUUCCAGAGAUCCAGGGUAAUCGAUUAAGAGGAGGACCUCAGAUGAUCCAGCUAAGUUUAGAUGGGAAGCGGCUCUAUGUCACCAACUCACUCUUCAGUACUUGGGAUCGUCAGUUCUAUCCUGAACUCGUGGAGAAAGGAUCCCACAUGUUACAGAUAGAUGUUGACACUGAAAAAGGUGGUCUCAAAGUAAACCCAAACUUUUUUGUGGACUUUGCAGCAGAACCUGACGGUCCUUCCCUUGCCCAUGAGAUGAGAUACCCAGGUGGUGACUGCACUUCUGAUAUAUGGAUUUAAGCACCAGAAACAUAACAGUAGAGAGGGGUUACCUGAGAACAUAUCUCUUACAAAGAUGAAAUACUCCUUUCAGUUUGUACAGAUGCAAAGGCUGCCAUGUUAUGGCGGAAUAAAUCAUGAAUGGAGGAGAUAAUGUACCUGUAAUGCUCAUAAGAUUUAAUCAAGUAAUUGCAGCUUUUUAAUU